AGAGGGUUGAGUGUGAGGCAAGUAGUGUUACGAGAUCUAGGAGAAUAAGAAACUCGGAGUGUUCACGUGCCAAUCAAGAAUCUCGAAGCCCCCAAAAUCCAUCAACUAAUAAAUAUACCCAAAAAACUCACCGCUGUGCUCUGCUCUGUCACCCAUCAUCCAAUCCAAUCCAAUCCCUCUCUAUAAUUACAAACCAAACCUGUUCUAGUUCUAGCUCUAGUAGUAAUGCUUUCAUCAAAAUUUUCCAGGAAUAGGAAUAGGAAUCCCUCCUAAAACUUCAUAUAUGGUACUCCAAUGUCAUUCAUACCAUUGUAUUAUUACCACAUCAAAACUUACAAUAAACUAACUUUCUUUUAAUUUUUCUUUCUCUUCUUCUCUCCGCACUGCAUCCUCUUUCCUCCUUUUGUCAAAGCUCUGAUCUUUUUCCCUCCAAUCUUGGUUGCCCUACUUUUCACGAUCUGGGUCUUUGGUAUUCUCAGUUUUCAAUAUUUUUUCUGUUCUGGGUCUUUCCUCAAUUAGAAAAAGAUCUGAUUUUUCGCCCUCUUUUGUUUCAAACCCGUGUGAACCCUCUUUUUUGAUCUGGGUCUGAAGGAAACUGCCGUUGUUGGUCAAUUAUGAGGAAAAGGGAGAGGGAGAAUCCUUGCGGCGUGUGUGGCCACUAUCACAAAUAUGAAGAAGGCGAAGUGUGUCCGAUUUGCGGUCAUCGGAUUCCGGUUGGAUCGGAGAAAACUUCGAUACAAGUUAGUGCUUUUCCUUCCGUGAUUCUUCCGGAAUUUCUUUACCUUGGAAGCUAUGACAACGCAUCACGCUCGGAGCUUCUCAAGACUCAGGGGAUAUCUCGUAUCCUCAAUACUGUCCCUUCUUGUCAAAAUCUCUACAAGAAUUCGUUUACCUAUCACUGCCUCCCGGAUGACAAGACUUUGCCAUUUGAUGAAGCGAUUCAGUUUUUAGAGCAAUGUGAGAAGGAUAAGGAGCGUGUUCUGGUUCAUUGCAUGUCAGGAAAGAGUAGGUCUCCAGCUAUAGUGAUUGCAUACCUGAUGAAGUCCAAAGGAUGGAGACUUGCCCAGAGUUAUCAGUGGGUAAAGGAUCGGAGACCUUCGGUUGAAUUAACUCAAGGUGUGUAUCAGCAACUGCAAGAGUUUGAGCAAAAGAUCUAUGGACUGAUCGGUAGUGGAAGCUCUCUGUUACCUGGUUUCUCAUCUACAGCACCUCCUUCCAUUAACUUUGGUUUCCCAAAGAUCAAUGAUCCAGCUCAGCUUCCUUCCUUCAGCACUGCUGGAACACCAUCAAUCUUCACACGAGCACCCCUAGACAUUACUCCAACUGAGUUUACAUUUGGAGCAGGUCAGAUGCAGAAGAAUGUGGCUGGAAGUCCCUUUAAUGGAAAUCAGCCUAAUCCAAAUGGUACUGAUAUCCAAAUGGAUGGUUCUUGAUCCUCAUCAGCCACAUGUGUGAUUAAGCUGCUUGACAAUUUGGCUUGUGGUAAAGUUUACAGGUACCAAGCUGCCAUAUUUCUAGUCAAGGUGCGAUAAUCAUGAGUGACUUGUCAAUUCUAUACCAACAUCUUUUUUCCCUUGUUUUUCUCAAAGCUUUUUAUAGUUGUUAUCUCUUGUUGUAGUUGUAUUAAAGCAUAUUUUACUGGCCUCAGUAGAUCUGCGACAAUGUCCAGUAUUUAAUAUUACAAGCAAAAUUUUAUCUACAAAUAUACAAUAGUAAACAAUCUUGUUUUGGAAUUUUGCUGUU